AUGUGGCGUCUAGCUAACUACAUAUAUCGUGCCUUUCGUAACGUAGCUACUCAUCGUUGUCCACAAGAUAUCAUUGCCCCGGUUACAACUGUUUGUAAAAAAGAUGAUGAAUCAAACCGAGAAGAAACACAAAAUAAUCUAACAAAACAUCCAUAUGAUAUUCAUGAUGUUAUAAAAAAUAAUCAAUUUUCAUCUCCACUAAAUUAUGAGAAAAUAUUAGAACGUUUACAGAAGAUUUCAUUUCAACAGUUGACAAAUAAGCCUCAUGUUAUCCAACCACUUGAACCUCCAAAAAUCGAAUCGAUUGUUAGAGAAAUUCAACAAACGUCUACACCACCACCUGUUGAUGAAAAAGAAGAUAUUCUUGAUUUAUUACUUCAAGAAGAUGAAACCUAUAUGAAUGCAUUAAAAAAUUUAUCGGAAUUUAAUGAAGAAACAAUGUCAAUUAUUGAUAAUCAAUUAGGUAUAGAAGCAAUUGAAAAUGGAAAUGUUCAACUGGGUAUUGAAACACUUCAAAUCAGUGCAAAAAAUGGUAAAAAUGCUGCAGCAUUGUAUAAUCUCGGUGUUUGUUAUGAACGUGGUAUUGGUGUUGAAAAAGAUCGUGCUAAAGCAUGUGAUUAUUAUCGUCAAGCAUCUGUUUUAGGUCAUAUUAAUGCACAAUUUAAUUUAACACUUCUUUCAAAUCAUAUUGAUGUAAAUGAUAAUGAUGAUGAUGAAAUAGCAGAGCAAACUAUUACAAAUAAAUCUCGUAUAUUUCGUUUUUCAUUUACAAAUAAAUAUCAAGAAGAACCAACACAUUCAUGGAAUGAUUAUUCAUUCAAUUUAACUAAAACACUUGCUUGUUUAUCAUAG